AUGGCGUCAGCUCCGAGCAGACCACGUUGGGGCAUCCUGGGAGCAGGGGGCAUCUGCAAUGACUUUGCUACAGGCAUCGUCAUGGCAGGUGGCUCCAUCUCAGCCAUUGGGGCAAGCUCAUUGUCAAAGGCGCAAGUCUUGGCCGAGAAGGUGAAGGCAAAGCAGGCGCAUGGAUCCUACGAAAGCCUGGUGUCAGACCCGAAUGUGGACGUCGUGUAUGUCGGCACGAUUCACACUAUGCACCUGCCUCAUGCAAAACUUGCGCUGAAUGCUGGGAAGCAUGUGGUGUGUGAGAAGCCGCUGGCUGUGAAUGAAGAGCAGGCACGUGAAAUUGUCGAGCUAGCCCGUGCCAAGGGCUUGUUCCUCAUGGAAGCCAUGUGGACUCGCUUCUUCCCACUUAUCCGCAAAGUCAGGGAACUGAUCGCGGAUGGAAGCCUCGGACUGCCACGAGCUGUGCAGGCGGAUUUCGGCUUCAUAGGGCCGACGGACAAAAGCCACCGGCUCAUGGACCCAGCACAGGCAGGUGGCGGCAUGUUGGACAUCGGCAUCUACUUGGUGCAGGUAGCAACGAUGGUCUAUGGAGCAUCAAUGCCAGACUCCAUGCAAGGGACAGCCAUGCUGACUGAAGAAGGCGUGGACAGCGAGGGCUCACUUUCUCUUUGCUGGAAGGACAAGGGGUCUGCAAGUCUGAUGUACACGCUUCGAGCUGUGACGCCAGAAAACUCCGUGAUCAUGUUCGACCGAGGCUACAUCCGCAUUGAAGGGCCAGCCCACACUCCCACACGCAUAACUAUCUUCAGGUCAUCUGGUGGGCGUGGGGACUUGACCAGUGAAAGCUUAGACUCGCCCUUGCCAAAGAUGCUACCUGGACUGAGUGUGAACUACCCGCACUCAGAAGGAAUGGUCCAUCAGGUUGAGGCAAUUGAGAAGUGCAUCCAGGAAGGCAAGCUGGAGUGUCCAGAAUAUCCGUUGGAGGAGAGCCUGGUCAUCGC